AAGAGGUUCUGGAUGGGUAUAAAUAUUGGAUCCCUGGCCUUUCACCACCAGUGGAACUCGACAGCUCCUACGACAAACAUCACCAUGAAGCUCGCCGUCAUUGCCUGCCUGGCCUGCGUGUCUCUGGCCGCCCCACAACAGCUGCUCCCGAAUCCCGUGGCCAUCUUGAGGGACGAACGAACCGAUAACGGCGACGGGACUUUCAGCUACGUCUUCGAGGCCGACAACGGCAUCGCCGCCCAGGCCUCCGGCGUGCAGGGCUUCCAGGGAGGAUCCAACGUCGAGGGAUCCUACAGGUUCCCACUCGACGACGGCAGCGGCUUCGUCGAGGUGAGGUACGCGGCUGACGAAAAUGGCUUCCGUGCCGAGUCUCCCUUCCUGCCCACCCCCCACCCAACUCCCGCCCACGUCAUCGAACUCCUGAGGAUCGCCGAGGAACAGAGAGCUGCUGGAAUCACCUUCGAGUAACAAUCUUACAUCUUGAGGCUGUGAUGGACUUUAGUCUUUGGAAGCUUAAAGUAUUUCAAGUCAGUGGCUCCUUUUGUGGACUUGUUUCAUAUGAAUAGGGAUCAUCAUCUUUGAAACCAAAGACAUUGCGAAGGAAAAUCUUUUAAUAAUAGAGAUGAAAUGAUUUUACGAAGGUGACCUGAAAUCAGGGGAUGUCUUCUCAACUUCACUGAGUUUUCUACGAUUUAUGAUUGAUCUUUGUUAAAGUUGUUAUCCAAAAUGGGGAUUUUGUGUUGAACUGUAUCGCAUGUAAUAUAUUCGAUGUUUACAUUGUUGUCUGUCUACGAAGGAAGUUUUCCUGGUAAUAUGCAAUAACCAUUUGAUUUUAAAGCAUGAAAUUAACUUAUUUGACUUGUAGUCUUCCACAGUUGCAAAGUAUUUACAAGUUACGUAAACGAAAAUAUAUCUGAGUAUUUAUUCAUGAAUUCAAUAAAAUUGAACAUUAUUUA